CUAUCGGAAACUGGCCUUGAAGAACCAUCCAUUGAAAUGUAAGGAGCCCUGGGCGCCGGAGAGGUUCAGGCAGCUGGCAGAGGCCUACGAUGUGCUCAGCGACCCCAUGAAGAAAGGCAUCUACGACAAAUUUGGAGAAGAAGGGCUCAAAGGUGGCAUCCCUUUGGAGUUUGAUGAGGACGACAACAUUUGGACCGAAGGCUACGUGUUUCACAACAACCCUGACAAAGUCUUCAGGGAGUUCUUUGGUGGAGACAACCCCUUUGCAGAAUUCUUUGCCGAGGAUGGCUCGGAGUUGAUCCUGCCCUUCGGAGGGCUGCGAGGACGAGGAGCCAUGAAGCAAGACCCCCCGAUCGUGCGGGAUCUCUACCUCUCCCUCGAAGAUCUUUUCUACGGCUGCACCAAGAAGAUUAAGAUCUCCCGCAGGGAGAUGAAUGAAGACGGUCUAAUUAGCACCAUCAGAGAUAAGAUCCUAACGAUCAACGUGCAGCCAGGAUGGAAGCAGGGCACCAGGAUCACCUUCGAGAAGGAAGGAGACCAGGGCCCAAACGUCAUUCCAGCUGACAUCACCUUCAUUGUCCAAGAGAAACUUCACCCAAGGUUUAAAAGAACUGAUGACAACCUUAUAUACGUCACCACCGUCCCCCUGGGAAAGGCGCUGAUCGGCUGCACGGUGACCGUGAAGACGUUGGAUGGGAGGUUGCUCAACAUCCCCAUCAACGACAUCGUGGACCCCACGUACUGUAAAGUGGUGCCAGGGGAGGGGAUGCCGCUUCUCCAGGACCCUCGGCGCAAGGGUGAUCUCCACAUAUAUUUCAACAUCUGUUUUCCCAAGAAACUCACCCCUGAGAAGAAAAUACUCUUGCAAAAAGCCCUCCUGUCCUAG